AUCUCGAACCCGUAUUUAACACCCCAAUCGCUGACUUGACCCAUCGACUAGAACUCUCGGUCUCGUCACCGUCGCUGCCUAUGGGUAACUGCAACGGUGCGCCCACCGCUCACAGCCGCCUCCGGCCGGACUCCUCCACUGCCAACGCCGCCGCCGCAGGCGCGGAACCCUCCUCCAACAGCAGCCUCAAGGUGAGGCCUAGCGAACCCUCGCCGUCGCCGUCACCGUCGCGGCCGCCGUCACCGUCGCGGCCGCCGCCGCAGUCGGCGGCAGCGGUGCCCCGGCCUCUCCCGGGCGUGGGCCGCGUCCUCGGCCGGCCGAUGGAAGACGUGCGGUUGACUUACAUUUUCGGGCGCGAGCUCGGCCGUGGCCAGUUUGGCGUGACCUAUCUGGUGACUCACAGAGAGAGCAAGGAACAGUUCGCGUGUAAGUCCAUCGCCACUCGCAAGCUUGUGAACAAAGGCGACAUCGACGACGUCAGGCGCGAGGUGCAGAUCAUGCACCACCUCACCGGCCACCGCAACAUUGUCGAGCUCAAAGGCGCUUUCGAGGAUCCCCACUCGGUGAACCUCGUGAUGGAGCUCUGCGCUGGCGGCGAGCUCUUCGAUCGGAUCAUUGCCAAAGGACACUACUCCGAGCGAGCGGCGGCAGAGAUGUGCCGUCAAAUUGUCACCGUUGUUCACAACUGCCACUCUAUGGGAGUGAUGCAUAGGGAUUUGAAACCUGAGAAUUUCUUGCUCUUGAGUCCCGAUGAGAAUUCGCCGUUGAAGGCCACUGAUUUUGGUCUUUCUGUGUUCUUCAAGCCAGGAGAUGUAUUUAAAGACCUUGUUGGAAGUGCUUAUUAUGUUGCUCCUGAAGUGUUGCGUCGAAACUAUGGGGCUGAGGCUGAUAUUUGGAGUGCUGGGGUGAUACUGUACAUUCUACUUAGUGGGGUCCCACCAUUCUGGGGAGAGAAUGAACAGGGUAUCUUUGAUGCUAUUCUACGUGGACACCUUGAUUUCUCUUCCGAUCCUUGGCCUUCCAUAUCCAGUAGUGCCAAAGAAAUUGUAAAGAAGAUGCUUUGUUCUGAUCCUAAAGAACGACUCUCUGCACUUGAAGUCCUAAAUCAUCCAUGGGUGAGAGAAGAUGGAGAUGCUUCUGAUAAGCCCCUUGACAUUGCUGUCUUAACAAGAAUGAAGCAAUUCAGGGCAAUGAACAAACUCAAAAAAGUAGCUCUAAAGGUAAUUGCAGAAAAUCUAUCCGAAGAAGAAAUCAUAGGCUUGAAGGAGAUGUUCAAAUCCAUGGACACAGAUAAUAGUGGAACAAUCACUUAUGAAGAGUUGAAAGCUGGUCUCCCAAAACUGGGUACCAAGCUUUCCGAAUCAGAGGUGAAGCAGCUAAUGGAAGCGGCUGAUGUGGAUGGAAAUGGAACAAUUGACUACAUUGAGUUUAUAACAGCUACAAUGCACAUGAAUAGGGUGGAAAGAGAGGACCACUUAUACACUGCCUUCAGAUAUUUUGACAAGGAUAAAAGCGGGUAUAUAACAAAGGAAGAAUUGGAGCAUGCCUUGAAGAAGUAUAAUAUGGCCGAUGAGAAAACAAUAAAGGAGAUCAUUGCAGAAGUUGACAUAGACAAUGAUGGGAGAAUAAACUACGAUGAGUUUGCAACUAUGAUGAGGAAAGGCAAUCCUGACUUGGUUACGAAAAGACGCCUCAAAUAAGCUUCUAGCACUCCUGGACAAGCUUAAGGCUCAAAUGGGUUGUGGGAUUCAAGCUUCUGUUGCAACUGAGAUCAUGUGUAUAAUCUAUAGUGUAUAAUCUCCAUUGAGCUAGCUAGUACAGCGGGACAACUCUUGCUCGGUGGAAUUUAUUGUGGUCUGCGUAUACCUGCAGUUCGUGACAAGGAAUGACCAAGUUUGCCAUCAGGUUCCCAGAUAAAUUUAGUUUGGGUUUUGCUUGAGAAGAUUCUUUUUAUUUGUUAGAUGCUGUAACGUAUCAAUGUGUGCAAAUUCCAGGGCCGCACCUGUUCCUAUAUUAAGCCACUUAGUAUAUAUAUGAAGUGUCCCCCUGAUAAGCAGUGUCAAGAAACCAAAGGACAAAUAAAAAAGUUGCAGAGGAAAAAACCAAGAGCUUGUGAUUUGGAGCUUUCUCAUUCAUUUUACUUGCAAUUUUGUGUGCUAUAUCCCCCAACUCUAUGCAAUGUGGAUGCAUUUUAUUGUAAUGAUUAAGCCCUUUUUAAGGUACUGUUUGGGAGCAUAAUUGUGUAGAUCUGGAAGAAAUUUAAUAUAAUUUUAUAUUAUUUAGAUUCA